AUGAUACAUUUAUUUGUCAUCAAUAUUCCAACAUUUACGGACGAGGACUACGACAAAUGUUUGAUUUCGGCGAAAUGGACCAAGGAAGAUACGCUUCAUCUGUUCGAGUUAUGCCGACGUUUUGAUCUGAGAUGGGUUAUCAUAGUGGAUAGGUGGGAAGGUUCAACGCGUCGUACAAUGGAGGAAAUGAAGGAGCGCUUUUACAAUGCAAUAAAUGAACUGAAUGCCAUGAGAAAUGAGAAGGCCGAAGUGUUCUGUUACGAUGCUGAACAUGAAAAGCGACGCAAGGAGCAAUUGAUCAAGCAGUGGAAUCGCACUGAACAACAAGUCGAGGAAGAAGGAAUGUUGAUUGCGGAAUUGAAGAAAAUUGAGGUUCGUAAAAGAGAGCGGGAAAGGAAAGCGCAAGAUUUGCAGAAGUUGAUUACAGCCGGUGAAAGGACGCCAGCCUCGCCAGCAGUUUCAAUAGCGCCAGUUCAGACAACUUCAAAUAUAAAGAAAAGUCAUAAAUCUCGAUCGCAGAAAGCUUCUUCUGUGCCGACGCCGGUGACAAGCGCCACCUACAUACAAGACCAUGCGAAUAUUCGAUUUCCAGAAUUUCGCAGUGGUGGUGCGCAUUUGCGAAGCCAGGAAAUGAAAUUACCAACAAAUAUUGGGCAGAAGAAGUUGAAAAAUAUAGAAACUGUUAUCGAAAAGCUCAAACUUGCCGAGUAUGAACUGGAAUCGCUCAGGACGCGUUAUAAUUCUUUAACCGGAAAGACUUUCGAAAUUGAGCCACGAAUGCGAGUACGUACAUCAAGUGAAUCGAACGCGGAUUCAUCGAAUGCGGUUGUGGAUGAGGAAACGAAAAGGGCCGUCUUCAUCGACUUCGCCAUCGCCAGUGGAUACGAGCAGGAGGCUUCGCAAAAACUGAAUGUUGUUUUGUUCGUUGCUCGGAGUGCAGUUGGCUUUCUUGGCCAUUCAAGCGAAAUCGAAGGAAUGUUCUCAGUUGUGGCCCAUCACUCACCAUCUACUACUGUAUACAGGAACGUGACGGCGGAUACGAAAUCCGUUUGCUAG